CCGGUUUUACAAGCGUGUGUUGAUUUUAAAACAGCAGUUCAGCUCCGUCGGUGAAGAGAAGAAAGAAUGAAGAACUUCUGAGCCUUGCAGUUACCCGUUUAAUGCAACUGGUGAUCCUCGACUGUUCACAGACUGGUGUGGAGAUGCUGCCGUUAGUGACUCGUUACAACAGGACGGUAAUCAGGUGGUGAGCACUGCAGUACAGAAGUCUGCAACUGACGCAAGCUUGAUGGGCCUCAGUGUUAGUGUUUAACAUGAAAUACUCAAGAUGAAUGGGAGUCAUCCAGUGGACAUCAGCAUAUUGGUACAAGUUGCUGAAACCUUGGAGUCCAUUGUCAGUCGGUGUUUUGGACCUCAUGGAGGACUGGUACUUUUCACUAAAGCAACUGGAGAAUUGCUCAUAACACGAGAUGGGCAGAAAAUAUUGAGCUCCCUGCUUCUGGAACAACCCAUUGCCAGAAUAAUUGUUGAUUCUGCAGUUGCCCAUUGUCAUGUGACAGGAGAUGGGACCAAAUCUUUUAUUUUGCUACUGGCCGCCCUGCUCAGAGGACUUCGUGUCAUGGUAAUGAGGGAAACGACAAGAUCGACUGGUUGUCAUGGACAGCACGGCCUCCAACUGAAGCUUUUGUCUGACCAUUUACUUACAUUUCAAACGCAGGUUUUAGACCACAUUGUAAGGUGUCACCUUAGACAGUGUGCCAGCUCGCUUUUUCUUUCAGACAGGGAUUGUAAAGUGACUCGCAGCAAUGCCAAGUUGCUCCUGGAGGCAUAUUUUUAUGGGAAAGUUGGGGCAAACCACUGCCAGUCUCUGUCAACGUUGGCUUGUGAUUACUAUUUAAAGUGCACUGGUGGCGAUCAAUGUAAUGAAGUAGUAGGAUUCAUAUGUGACCAUUUCGAGGAGCUUCAUACAAAGGUAGUUGGAAUUCCCUCAAGCAGCUCCAGAAUCCUUGAAGGGCUGGUUCUCCACCGAGACUUUACAGAAUACUGGCCAACAGAGGAGGAGUUAAAGAUCUUGGUGAUCACUGAACCUUUGCAGCCACCCCUGGUUGAUGCCAGUGCAACGUUAUACCUUCAGUCUGACCAGCAGUUGCAGUCGUCCUGUGCUUGGAUACAUCAGCGAGUGCAGGAAAUCUUAUCACGUCUUAGUGUGAGUGGAGUGAGAUUGAUUUUGUCCAGUGUCAAGCAAACUGAUUUAGUUCUUUAUCAUGCAAAGCUUAAUAGGAUAUCCGUGGUAGAGUGCAUGGACCCAGAGGAGCUGUCUCUCUUCUGCUCCAUCAGUGGAGCAGCUCCUGUAUCUCCCUGGGAUAUUUUUCUUGACCAGCCUACACAUCUGGCACAAGCACAGUUUUGCAAGUCGAUUUUGCUGGGAGCACACAGGUAUGCCCAUGUUGGUAUAACAAGUAAGUCUCUGUGUCCGCAGUACUGCAUUGUUCUGUGUGGGCCAGUGUCUGGUUUGACUAUACAGUGUGCUUCAGCUUUUCAUGGGGCUUUCAAAAUGCUGCGUCAGACCCUUCAGCCACUUGAGUCGAGAUAUGGACCUCAUGAGACCUCCGAGAAUAUUGAAUUGCAAAAUGGUAUUGACUGUGUAGUGUCCAGUAUUAAUGUUUGCCCUGCUGAAGGAGAAGCGUAUGGUGGCACAGAUCGAGUAGAGCAGCCCAGACAAUGUCUUGCCGGAAAUCUAAUCCCUGGAGGGAUGCAUCAUUCUGAACCCUUACAUUUUCACAGCUGCCAUGUUAAGGAAGAAUGCUGUGGAGACAAGCUGUUGGAGCCUCAUUGCACUUGUAACAUCGGAGAUGCAACCUCAAUAAUGAAGAGAACAAUUGAGCUAAAUGCCAAGAGCACUGGUGACAAUAGCUUGGUGAUCAAUGCACAAAUAGAUUUGAUCCGGAGCCCAACACGUGAGGAGGAAUGUCUGUGUACUCUGAUCGCACCUGGCAGUGUUUUCCCUGUAGGUGGCAGCUUUGAGCUUCUCCUACAUUACCAUCUUCUGAAGUACGCCAGCCACUGUCUGGAUCCAGGGACAAAAGCUGUGUGCAACCUUGUGGCAAACGCGCUGCUCAGCAUCCCAAGAAAUAUUUACACUGCUGGAAAAUCAACUCGGCAUUUUCUGCACGUACACACAAAGGCCAUGAGGGAUAUCCAGAGUGAGGGGUGUGUAAGAGACGGUCCAAAGAUGCUGGAGUCUGUUUCCUGCAAGUAUCAGCUCCUCAUCUCAACACUUGAAUGUAUGAGAAGCCUCAUUUGCAUUGACUGCUUUAUUGUUGGAACAAGAAGAGUCAGUCCGCCUGCUAGCCCGUAACUAGAAUUUGACAUGGUAAUUUGUUUUGUAAGGUAUGUUCAAAUAAAAACAAAGCUGUUGGAGUCCAAUAACUGAGCAAAAUGUGACAUUUUUUUGUACAAGUAAUUGUUUCUAAAGUGUUAAAGGAUUGGAA